AUGCUCCGGAUUCAGUGGCUGUCUGGGGAGGAAAUCACUAGAAUCACAGACAGGUCGUUCUUGGGUGCCGGAAGCAACUGGAUUCAGAUUCUGAAGCGACAUUUGCACGGCUUGACCGGAUUCAGCCGAUUCCGGCAGCGGCUGCUCUACGACUCCAUCCAGUUGGAAGAUGCUGAAAUUCCUCCGGAUGGUACCUUGCAGCUGGUGAUUCUGCCAUUGGUGGAGGGCCACUUGGAAGAGCUUUUUCAAAUGACAAGGGAAGAUGAUGUUCAACAGCUGGAAGAUCUGCUUCAGCAACAAGUGGAUCCCAAUUUGAUGGAGAAUGGACAAACCGCUUUGCAUGUACUUCACCCGCAGUAUUCUGAUGAAGGCUCCGAGUCGAUCAUCCAAGGUCCAGCAGGAGACGUGCCACAGGCGCUGUGCUGGAAAAUCUCUGGGACAAGAGAGGAGGUGCGCUUUGUGAAUGAAGUGCAGUUUGAAGCCCUGGAAAAGAGUGGAACACCAGUGCAGGGACCUGAGUGCUUGGUGGCCUUUGGUAGAGACUAUGUGCCUCCCAACACAGAGAAUGACAUCAUGAAGAUGCCAGUGGUGAACCUGAAUGCGGGCUUGGAAGGGCAGCCUGGAGACAAGUACCGAAUACGCCUAUAUGUCCAGGGAGCGUACAAACGACUUGAAUGGUCGAAGGCCAAGGGCGUGGAUGCUGUGGCUCCCCUUGGCCGAAGGAAAUUCCAGCACACGUUUUCCGUGAUUGGUGAUCACAGUCAUUGGUUCUUUGAAGAGAUGAAGGAAGUGACGAAGGGUGUCUACUCCUUGGAGGUUCAAAUUCUCAAGAGCCCGAGCAACUUCCAGAUCUACCGCGACCGUGAUUUUGAUCAAGGCUUCUAUCCAGAUGACGCUGGCGAAAUUCUGGGCCCAGAUGGCUGUGGUCAUGGGCUCCACUGGAAGCUGCAGGGGGAGGUGGGAGAUGUCUUCCAGAUCACCUUCGAACGGCAAGUGCACCGGAAGGAGGACAAGAAGAGUAUCAGUUGGCAGCAUGUGGGAUCCAAGCCGGUGGACUUCGAGGAACGCGCCAAGGACCACAACUACUACAUAGCAGGGUCUUGGAACGACUUCAAAGACUGCAAGGCAAUGAAAAAAGAAGUGGAUGAGAACGGCAUGGUGAGCUUCCAUCAGGAGAUCAUCAUUGGCAAGAGUGGCACAGAAGCGAUGCAGAUCUUGUUAGACCGGAAUUGGCUGGCUGCUGUUCACCCGGAUCGUGACCAAGCCACACAGGAAACGAUGGCCAUGAUAUCCAGGGACCUGACGAUGGAGGUGCUGGGAAGUACUGGGCCAUUGGAGCUGAUCCACAAGAUGAUCUCGCGCCAGGUGACCAUGUGA